AUGGUUGCUGUGGUCACCUUGGAGAUACUCAACCAAAACUUGGUGAUCUACACCAUGGGACUGAUGCAACUAUCGGGCGUGAAGGUGAACGACUACUUCCAGGUGUGGGCGGUUCUGCUUGUCACCCUGCAGUACAGCGUCAAGGUCGGGCGGCCAUACACCCGGUCCAAGCAGGUCCCAAUGCUGGAUCUGAUGUCCUCCUUCUGGUCCGCCAAUCUCCUCCGGGUGCAGACCUUCAACCUCCUCCGGUUCCCCCUCUGGUUGAUCUGGUCCCUGAAUGCGGUUCGCAUCAUUGUGCUCUUCCUCACCACCGGCAAAGGGGAGACUAACAACCAAGAGAGCAUGCGGCUGGUGAGUGACUACAUGAGCUAUGAGGGCGAUCUAUCUGCUGGCGGUGACCCGCAGGUAUCAGAAUCAGACAUGAGGGGGUGCAAGUACCUGGUGCAUGGGGAGCACCGGGUGUUGAAGGAGAUACAAGAAGGCCCGCGAGGGGGAACAAGAACACUGUUUUCUUGCUUCAGAAGGAAGAGGGAAAUACGCGGGUCUGACAGGAGCUACAAGAUUCGGCUGGAUCCAGAUGGAGUCCACAAGAAUCAGCUCGUCACAGUGGACAAGAUAUGGCACGGCAGCAGCAACGGCAGGUUGUUGGGAGACGCAGAAGACCCUAACAAACAGCGCAAGGACCUGUGCCUCUCCUUCUCGCUGUACAAGCUGCUGCGCCGUCAGUUCUAUGAUCUCCCAGUGCAUGAGCUGAAGAGGCCGCAGGGGAAGGAGAAGAUCCGCAAGCUCGUCUUCGACUACAUCCUCAACGACUGCGAGAGGGCGUUCCGCAUCGUAGGGGUGGAGCUGUCCUUCCUCCAAGACCUGUUCUACAGCAAGCACGCCGCCGUGUUUGCCGGCGGACUAAUGGUGCCGCUCCGGAGCCUGCUGCUGUCGCUGUCUUUGGCCACGGCGACAGGGUACAUCGCGUAUCCUGCCCGGCGCAUACCCGAGCGGAUGGAUCCAGCGGACCGGAACAGGAUCACACACGGCGUGUUCAUCACACGCCUCAUGGUCGGCAUCAUCGUUCUCAAGGAGCUCCUGGAAAUUGUUCUCUAUGUGCUGUCACGGUGGGCCAAGGUUCUGGUGCUGUGCAAGUACCUCCAGCAUCGGUGCCUGCGGCGUCCGGUGGUGGAGAUGGCGAUGAGAUUCAUGCUCUUUUUCGGUAGCAGAGCCAAAUGGAGUCAGACCAUCAGGCAGCAGAACCUUCUUGUUGGUGCUACAACCAGUGUUCUGAGGCCAACAGGUGUGCUGCCUCCGCUUACAUGGACGCUGGUGCUCCGUCGAGGGGUAGUUACCGGAAAAACCGCCCUCAAGGAUUACACCAAGAAUGCGAUAUUAGAAUCGCUCAAGAAGUUGGAGAAGUCGGCUCAAAAAAAGAAGUUGGAGAACUCAGCUCAAAAAAAGAAGUUGGAGAACUUGAACAAGAAGGAAGGGCUAGCGAUGGAUAACUACUUCUCAAAUGCCUUCAAAUCAGACAAGAGGGUGGUGAAGUGGCCAAGAAACCUCAAGGUAGACACCCACAUCAUACUGGUCUGGCACAUCGCCACCAGCCUCUGCGAGAUCUACUUCCACAACAAAGUCCAGAACCUCAGGGCUGUGCGGCGACCGCAGCCUUUCGUGCAGGAUCCAAAUUGGAUUCGCAACGAACGGUUUGAGCAGUACGCGACUGCAGCCACCUUAUCCAACUAUUGUGCGUAUCUGGUCAGGAAGGCACUGGUGCCGGACAAUCCCAUUGUCGCCGGAAUGGUCCUUGAUGAGGUAAUCAAAGAAAUUAACCACCUUACUUCCAAGUUCAGUAUCAAGCCUCGACUCAUGCAACUGCAAGACGUGUACAAGAGCCUUAUGGAGACAGUCGACAAACCAUGCACGAACCAUGAUCACUAUCAGAUCUUUGGCUGGGGCGAUGACGUGGAAGCAGUAACACGAGAGGGAAUCGGUCGAGUGAGACAAAAACAACAUGAACAAGGCCUCCACAUUGGGUGCUCCUUAACAAGGAUGGGUGCAGAGCUUGGGAUGCACCUAAGAGAGGUGUAUAGAGGCGACGCAGCAGGCCUUUGGAGGGACCUGGCCAACUUCUGGACGGGGUUCCUCCUCCACCUGGCCAUGAACACGAGCGCAGCCACGCACGGGAAGCACCUCGCCGGCGACAGUGAGCUCAUCACACACCUGUGGGCGCUGCUCUCACACGCCGGCUUCCACGGGAACGCCAACGACGGCGAGGAGGGGCAAGACAACGAGAACGCCCCUGAUCUCGACCUGGCAGUACAAAAUGCAUGA